AUGCUGAAAAGGAUACCAAUUAGUAGCAACGAUUUCAGUCUAUUCGACGCAGAACUAAACAGCUAUGAAUACGAAUACUUUUGCAAGCAUAUUGGCGCUUUUAAACGCUUCAUGCAAGAAGAGGUAGGUUUAUGAUGCAAGUAUUCUAUGUAGAUUUGAUAAUUAAUACGGCUAUUUAUCGCAAUAUGUGUCAAAACUUGCUCAGUCAUGGUAACCAGUCAUCUUUUUCCUCGCCGGGAUAGGCAAAAGGAAAACGAAAUUUUCGACCAUAAUAAAGCUUGUAAUGUGACUCUAUGCACAAGAGACUGUCGAGUGACUACACAGGAUACUUAAGUGUCGAAUAUUCAUUUCAUAUGCAAAAUAUUUUCCCAAUUUAGGCCUGAUCUACUGAGCAGAUUGCUAUUGAAAUUCCCGAAACUGUACAGCCUGUUGGCAUUACGUCAUUUUUUAUUACAAAAAUUCCCCUUUUUGUUGACAUAGGUGGAUUCCUGCCAUUACACAUUUAUUAGUACUUGGCCUAAAGUGAGAUGAAGCAUAGAUUUUGUAAAUCAAUGAUAGAAGACUUUUUUGGAAUAAUUUUUGUUGAAUUUAUGAUGAGCAUUGACUGAUUCGAAAUUUAGCCACCACAAUUUUGCAUUUUGUAUUUUAUGCAGGCUAGUAAACAAUUUUUUAAGAUUGAAAACAAUCCAUACAAGUGAAAUUAUAGCCCUUUGAAAUGUGCAAGAAUCACCAAAAUGAGGCUAGUCAGUCUUCCUUGCUGAAUCUAGCCGAAAUUUUGUUGUGUUUAAGAUUUCAUUUCUCAAAAAGAAUACAUAGUGUUAUAUUUGAAAUUAAUUUGAGGAGAAAAAAGAAUGACUACCAGUUUUGAUUUUUCAAAUCGGUCGAUGAGAUUGGAGGAUUCUUAAUGCAAAAUACAGAUAUCACCAUGUUUGUUUUAAGCCAUUAAUGUGCAAGGCUCUCCCCUUGAUGAGUAAAAUCAUCUGGCAUUAAGACCAAUUUACACUACACAACGUUUGCCUAAGUCUGUUUUUCGCAACCUGCUUACAAAUUGAGUUGUGCUGUACUGUAAAUCAAGAACACACCAGUUUGGAAAGUUUGUAUAUGUGUAUUUUGAUGCUUUCUGUAUAUUUACUAUUAAAUUUUCGAAAUCUCCCCGCGCAAUUUCCAAACUUUCCAGUCCGGAGCACACAACUUGCCCAUGUUGUCGUAGAUGAGUUGCGUGCUUGAUUUGCACAGUACAACUUGAGUUGUAAGCAGGUUGCGUGCGACAGUUUUAGGGAAAAGUUGUGUAGUGUAAAGACAAAGAGAGACAAAAAAAUGUGCAUUAGGAUGCAUCGCAACCAAGUGAGUUAACAACAGAGUUCUAAUGAAUGUUUUGUCUUCACUUUUUUAGCCAAAGGAACAAAGGCAGUUGUUUUUAGAUGCAUUUUGUGAAUAUUCAUACAACCAUAUCGAGAUUAAAGCCAUUGCAACCAUGGUAUGUAGUAUUAGGGUCGGUGAUUUUGGUAGCCAAAAGCUAGGUAGUGUCGGGAAACUGAAAACCCAGGUAUUUUUUCUUUGGCCUAAGUUACUUGAUGGGUACGUUGUGUGACAUUUCACAGAGACAGAUUUAAAAGUUGUUGGGUCUUCAGGGUUAUAGAUUCAGUCUCCCCAGGAAUGAUGCCUUGGUCAAUUGCAAACAUCUAUAAAUUUUAUUUGAUAUACUGUACAUAUCUCCCAUAUUCUUAAUUAUAUUUUAUAUUUAAAAACAUAUUUUCAUCUUGUCUUUGUAGAGUGAUCCAAAGAAAAAGUUCAUAGAAAGUUUCAGACAAUAUACACAAGAAACGUUUAUAAAUGGUAAACAUUUUAUGCAAACUGUAAAAAUCUUCUUAAAUUGAUUCCAUAAUUAACUCUACUGUACAUGUAGUGGAAGUUAUUGGAAUGUAAUUAAUUUGUUUAUUCCGCUUAAUAGCCAAUGUUUUUCCUCAGCGAGCACCGUAGAAGAUUCAAGUACCUGACAAGUACUAAAAGAACCUUGACGUUUUGAGUAAAGGCCCUUUGUGUGGACGGUUAAGUGGCCAGCUUCCAGAUGAAGGGCUUUAGCUCGAAAUCAUUGAAGUCUUUUUGGUAAACAUUUGAAAAGUGAAAUAUUUGAAAAGCAAAACAUUUGAAAAGCAUUUGGAAAGCGAAACAUUUGAAACGUGAAACAUUUGAAAAACAUUCGGAAAGCGAAACAUUUAAAAGACCAUGUCAAAUUUGUUCUGCACAUCAGUUCUGCUCAUAACAAAGGGGGAUGGACAGAAAUAAACAUUGCCCAAAUUUUGCAUCUUUUGAACUUUAUUAAAUUGAAACAUACUCUAGUUUAUAUUCAUUUACAAUAGCGAGCCAGAAACGUGUUAGAUAUUCAGUCAGUAUGUCUUGUUUUACAAAUAUGGCAGUUCAAAAUGUAAACAAAGGAUUUGUUUACAUUACAGACUUGACAUUGUCUUUAACAUUUGAAAAGCAGAAGAUAAUAACUUAGUCAAUAAGCUUUUGAAAGGAUAUUUUUAAAUCUUUAACUUUUUCAAAUUCUUAAUAUUAUAGCUAUAUUAGUGAAUGCUUUUAGGAAAUUUAUUAGGAUUACAGGACUCACAUUGAUAACUGUUCUCCAUUGAACUGAAGUGAUUCAUCCUGUAUAAAUAUUUAAUUAAUAAAUAAAUUGAGUAUUUUUCAGCAUUUGAAUCUUCUACAGUGCUCUGUAUUAAAUCCUUGCUACCUACUCUGGUGGCACCCACCAUUCAAGAUUGAAUAACAUUUUUCCCUUCCCAGGUAAAUUCAGCACUGCUAAGCAAUUUCUGAAUGACUCAGUUAUUGUGGCAAGAAAUAAACACAUGAUUCAAUAUAUGGACUCUCAUUCAUAUGGUAAAUAAGUAUUGAAAUAUUUUAGUCUUUGUACCUCGGUUAAUUUGACUGUAUUUCUUAUAUACUGACAGCGUGCUAUCAUUUAUAACUUAAUUCUCUUUUAUUUUUGCAAUUGUCUUAUUUAGCCAAGGAUCCAUUUUUUCAUAAAGAAACAAGGUAUGUGCAAAAAUGUAUGAAAGUUUCAGUUUCCUCAAAGUAAUUUGCAGGUUUUUGUGAAAAAUAAGAACAAACUUUAACAUUUUUUGGACAAACUUUGGACGUUUCAUUUCGUAUUUUUUGCGGCCGUGUUGUAUGAGAACUUAUUUGUCAACAAUUUAAAAUAAAUGAACGAUAUUUUGUGAGAAAAUUGAACUUAAAGUUUAUGUAAAUCAGCAUGAUUUGUAUCAGAUAUACAAACUCCUUCACAGUUAUGAUAUCUUUAGUGUUUAUGAUACAUAGUAAGAGUAUCUAUUUUUGGUCAAUGGUCAUUCCAUACCAUACCUCUAGGAGGGUUAGAAGGUGAUGCGGGUGUUACAAUGACUGCAGGUCUUUGUGACGUAUUCUGUGACGUCUGUGUUACUUCAUCAGUGAUGUUGACAGUUUCAUCUCUUGUCAGUAGUGGUUAUAUACAGCCAUCGACAACACUUUUUUGCUUGUUUUUGACCGAUUACAUAGUUAUUGAGAAAGUCGAAAAUCUGUGAGAAUAUUGAACUUAGAAUCAGCAUGAUUUUGUAUCAGAUAUACAAACUCCUUCAAGCUCAUGAUAUCUUUAGUGUUUUCUUCAUGAAUUAUUCACGAGUUUUACAUUAUUAAAUAUAACAUUGGAAAACUAAAAGCACAUUUAUUUACAAUGUGUAAAUAAUUACUACUAUUAGUUUUCCCAGUUGCUUUUAAGUAACUUUAUUUUCAUUACCCAUUGUAGAGAUGUUUUUCGAAGAUUAUUUGGAGAACCUACAGAGGCUGGAACGUGUGUUAAGGUGAGCCUAACAGCCUGGGUCAUGUACUCGAUCAGGUUUUUAAUUAAAUGAAUUAACGAGUACUAUUAAGUCUGCGUCCUACUUAUUCUGUUGGCUACGGUGUAACAAAUCUUCAGUGGCGCAGACUUCAGAGCAAGCGCCAUUCACCUCUGAGUUCGUGGGUUUGAUUUUUGCUAUGAACCGGGCCUUAAAAUAUCGGUCGGUCACGGACAUUGUCCGACCCAUUCGUGAAAUUGUCCGACGUAGAAAGGAAACCACCGGACAUUCUGUCCGACCAAAGUGAAACUGAGGUUUAUUGUUUGUCCGACCCAAGUGUAUUGGUGUCCGACCGAACUGUAGCUUUGUCCGCCGUAAAUCAAAAUGUACCCUAGCCCAGGACUAGAGGCUUGUAUGUUAAAUGGAAAAUUAGAGUACUAUUGUAUAAAGGUCAACUGGAAAUGUUGUUUUAACGUAGUCGAGAGCGAAGUCUUUUUUAAUACUGCUGUUCUGGAAAGCAAGUUAAUUUUGGCUUGGAAAUAAGUAUGAAAGAAACAAAUUAUUUAAUAUCUUUACAACAUACACCGUUUAUUCAUUUGUGUCAUUCAGACUUAUUUCCGAGUCAAGUGAACUGAAAGUCAUCAGACAUAUGUCCGACCCAAACUCAACGUCACAGGACAUUUUGUCAGAUAUUUUAAGGCCUGUAUGAACUCGUGUGAAAAGAGUCCGUCAAUGCUCUGCCGAAAGUCGUGGGUUUUCUCCGGGUUUUCCUCCCACAGGGAAAGUUGACAGGGUGGGCUACAAUAAACACAGUUAAGAAAGUAAUAUCACAAUUGUUGUAUAAACGAUAAAGUAAUCUUGGCUAAGUAUGUAAUCGUAUAAUUAUAAUCUGUACCAAUAACUUUUAACCACGAAAGCAUAGGUAGGCUAUAAGCUAUACUGUACUGUAUUGUAUGUUUAAAGUGUGACUUACCCCAAAUAUGAUUUUUGGUAUGUGUAGUAUUUGGGUCAUUCUAAGAAGAAACGUGAUAUAUCUUUAUAGUAAAAAACCUCAUCUUGGUCAACUUUUUCACUGUCAAAGUUCCAGAUAUGAUGUCAUUGGGUGAAUUUUUGGUACAGAAAAACAAAGGAAAACUAAUUUGCAAUGGAACAUUUGCAUUAUAGACUAAAUUUUGAUCCAAACAAGUCUAGACAAAAAUUUCAUCACAGCUUGAAAGAGCAUCACAAAAUUAGUAAUAUUCCAAACUUUCGUCGCGAAAUGUUGUAAAAUGCGAAUAAUAUAGCCUUGCGAAGUUUGCCGUUUUUCAGUCAUUUUGUAUUACGCGGGGGAAAUUGACAGCCCAAUACCCUUUGGGGCUGUCAAUUUCCCGUUUGUAAUACAAAAUGACUGAAAAACGGUAAACUUCGCAGGGCUAUAUUAUCCGCAUUUUACAACAUGUCGCAACGAAACUUUGGAAUAUUACUAAUUUUGAGAUGCUCUUUCAAGCUGUGAUGAAGUUUUUGUCUAGACUUGUUUAGAUCAAAAUUUAGUCUAUAAUGCAAAUGGUCCAUUCACCUAAUGACAACCGGAUCUUUGACAGUGAAAAAGUUGAUCAAGAUGGGAUUUUUUAUUACAAAGAUAUAUUACAUUUCUUCUUCGAAUGUCCCAAAUAUUACACAUACGUAAAAUCAUAUUUGUGUUUAGUCGCCCUUUAGUUUAAAGCUACCUUCAUUUAAUCCUGUCUUCGUUUUUGUGCAGGUUAUAUGUGUUCUACCGCUCUACGUGAGGUUCGCUGGAUCAAUAUGCCGCUAUCUUAAAAAAUGGCUGGACGUGGAAGAGAGCCUGUAUCCAAUGCCUGUGAAAGGCAAGAAAAGUAAGGCUGAGAAAAAAGCCAUGAAAGAACAAGCCCUGGCUAUUGCAAAAGCUCUUUCUACUUCUCAGCAAACUAGAUCAACGGUCAGUAAUCCAAAAGCAGCUUCAACUAGCCAGCAAAAUUUGGGAGCUGCUGGGAAUUCCAAAACGGGAUCUGGCACUGGCCUUCAAAUUAUAUCAGCGGUCGGUAGCUCCAGAAUCGUUACCAAUGACGGGCAUUCGAAAGCACUGGUCGUGAAGCAUGACGGCAUAUCGACGAAAUCCGAUCCAGACGCGGCCGAGGAUUUUUCCAGCUUUUACUACGAUAUGCAUGAGAGGAAACAGCGGAAACGCGAUUUCAGAAAGAAAGGCAAGAAAUUCGAACCCAUUCCCUGCCAGCAUCCCUGUCACGGGAAGGUUUGUAACUGCAAUCCUCAUAAGCAUAACCACGCGCAUGACCACAGCCACGCGCACGACCACGCGCACGACCACAGCCACGCGCAUGAUCACGGCCACGCGCAUGAUCAUCACCAUCAUCAUCACGACCAGCCCCAAGCAACACGCGAGGAAUUAAUGAAUUGCCUCUGCGAGAAACACAAGGCGUUGGCCGAAGCUAAAAUAGCCGAGAAAAGAGCCGCUUUGGACAAACGUAUGCACAGCGAGGGGGAAAAGUCCGGCGAUAAAAGUUCCGAGGGACAUAAAAGCCCCGGCGAUAAAAAUCCCGAGGACAAAAGUUCCGUUGUGAAAACCCCAGAGAAUAAGAGUCCUGAGGCUGAGGGCAAAAGUCCCUUGGUUGAAAAUUCGGAGGGGAAAAUUUCCGACGAUAAAAAUUCGGAAGGGGAAAAUUCGGAGGAAAUAAAUUCGGACGGAAUAAGUUCCGAGAAUCAAUGUUCCGAGAACAAAACGUCCGAGGAUACAAACUCCGGGGACCAAAAUUCCGAGAGCAAAAGUUCUGAGAAUAAAAGUUUAGAGGGUAAAAGUACUGAGGACGAAAACCCCGAGGAUAAAAGUUCGGAGGACAAAAGUUCGGAGGACAAAAGUUCGGAGGAUAAAAACUCCGAAGAGGGUAAAAAUCUCGAAGAGGGUAAAAACUCCGAGGAGGGUACAAAUCUCGAAGAAGGUGAAAACUCCGAGGAGGAAAAUCUCGAAGAGGGUAAAAACUCCGAGGAAGGUAAAAAUCUCGAAGAAGGUGAAACUGCCGAGGGCAAACAGCUCGAAGCAUCUGAAAAGUCCGUGGGUAACGCGGCGAAAGAGCCUGAAGUUAAAAGUCCCAGAGGAAAAAAGUCGCAUAAAAGAAUUCGUGAGAAUGGGUUGCUUAGCAGUGAUGAUUCGUCAGACUGCGAUGCAGCCGUCGAACGUUUCGUGCGUAGGACGUUUCCUGAGCUGCUUCUGGGUGAAGACCAUCCCAACCAGCAGUACGAGAAGAUGGUCGCUGACGAGAAGGCGAGGAGACAGAAGCUGAAGGAAAACAAACUUCGUACGUGCUCCUUUUGUAGGAAACAAGAAACCGAAGUGAAGUCUUUUAAAAAGUGUCAAAAGUAAGCAAUCGAUAUUUUUUACCUUUUGUUAUUUUAUUUGCGGAUUGUGCUUAGUAGUGGUUUUCAGUAAACGCCACAGAACAGCAGAUGGUGCAUGGUCAUCUACACCCAAUAUAAUAAAAAACAUUAUUUUCUCACUCUUGUGACAGCAGGUUGACCACCAUCAACUCACUGUGUUAUUCUGUCAGUAAAACCUACAUGCGUAAAAACGCACAAGUUGUAACAAACCUGCGCAGACUUGUAGCAAUGCUGUUCCAACAACUUUUCAACAGGAUGUGUUCGCACUGGCUUGUUCCCAGCUUGUUGGCAAGUUGUCAACGGCUUGUUGACAACUUACUACAAGGUUGUUGAGCUCAACAGACUUGUGACAAGUUGUUCCAACAACUUUGUUAUCAUUAUUCAACAAUUUGGCAAUUUGUCAACAAGUUGUGAGUGACAACCUUGUAGCAACUUGAUAAAAUAACAGCAUUGUUGCAACUUGUUGACAAACUUGCCACAAGCAUGUUGCGGACACAUCUUGUUGACAAGUUAUAAGAUUUCCACGUGUGUGCCUAUUGGACGGUAGAGCAUCUAGUGGCUACACGUUCAAGCCCCCUAAAGCUUUGAACAAAGACAAUAAAACACAAUUCUUCACGACAUUCCUUCAUAUAGUAUAAGUAUAACUAUGUAAAGUUGUAAACCGUAUUUAAACUCUGACUUUGAUGAGAGUUGAGCAAAUUCUCAAUAUUCUACUCAAUAUUUCAGAUGCAAAGGAAAAGGUACGAAAUUUUACUGCAGCCGUGAAUGUCAAAGUAAGUUUCAUUAUUAUAUAGUAGAGAGAGAGUUAUAGUAGAGAGUUAUUAUACUGAAAAAUACACAGUGAGAUAUUUUCCAUAUCUUCACUAGUGAAGAUAUCGAUCAUGUGACUUUUUCCAAUUUGCUUUUGAGCGUGAAAUUUCACAAUUUUUUGCUUGGGACUAUGUAAUAAACAGAACAUUACACGGUGGCUUGAAUAUGUCACUUUUGUCUUCUCGUGUUAAAAACAAUAUUUUACUCACUCGCUGUGCUUGUUCGUAAAAUAUUGUUUUCACCACUCGAAGAUAAAAGUCAUAUCUUCGCGUCGCCGUGUAAUAUCCUCUAUUUAUACUCGAAUAUACAUUCUAAAAUACUCGAACAUACAUUAUACAAAUACUCGAAAUAACAGGAAGAACACUGUGCUACCACAGGGCUUGAAAUAAUAGUCGGUCAAUGAUCGGCAAGAAAUUUCUUACGAUCGGCGAAAAGCAGGGUUUCCAACCUGAAAAAAAAACAGGGAAAGUCAUGACUGCCGAUCACCAUGAUCGGGAACUUUGGGAACGUUAUUUCAAGCCCUGCUACCAAAAGUGAGAACUGAGAUUGGUUGGAAAUCGUUUAUGUUCCAAGGAGGAAAACUAGUACUUUUUAACACAUUAUACCAACAGAUUUGAAAGAAGAGUGCUCAUUUGUUAAAUUUAGAUGUAAAAUAUUGUACAGGACAUUUUUAAUUCCUGAAUGCAGAUAUACUAUUACUUUUUAUCAUGCUUAUUUCAAACUAUUUAAAACAUGAGUAGCAUUGUUUUAUCAGAUAUAAAGAUACGAGGCGAAGCCUAGUAUCUUUAGGUCUGAUAAAACACGCACUGCGAACGUUUUAAAUUGCCUCAAAAACGAUCGAUCUAGUAGGUUCAUUGGCGAAGCAAUUUUAAAAAAAUACGUUGUGUAAGUAGAGAAAAUCAAAGUUAAAAUUUAUGUAAAUCAAGGGAAAUCUCUAUCACAUAUAAAGAUACGACACGCUUAUGAUUUUUCUUUGUAUUUUCCUCAUGAAUUAUUAAUGAAUUUUUGAAAGAAAUUAAAGACAUUGCAACUUUUAACUUCUAAGUACUGUCGAGAUUAUAUAUAAACUCUGGACUUUUUAUACAUUGCAUGUUUAUAUCAUAGAUUAUUUGUAAUUUUAGUUCUUAUUCUAAAGUCCUCUAUUGAUAGCAGUAUUUUACUAUACUGAAUGAGUAUAUACCUCAUGUGUUAUAAAUAUUGUUCAUAAUAUAAAUAACAUUACUAGUUUAUGAGCAAAACGCAAAGGAAAUCUCCUUUUCUUGAUAUGACUGUAAUAAGCACCCACAAGUGAAACUUUCUAAUAAUACUGCAUGAUCUUUUAUUUCAGAAAUGGAUUGGACGAAGCAUCGAUUGGAGCAUUAAAUAACGAUCAUUGGUAUAUGAUCACGAGGUCUGAUUGAUAUAUACAGGAUGUAUAUAAUCGUGCAUGUUGUUGUGUAUAUAUAGAAUAGUGUCAAUGAAGGGUUUUUAAUCAAGUCGAGUUAAAACUAUAUAUAAAGUAUUUUUUAUAUCAAGAGCUGUGUAAACAUCUGUAAAGAAAAUGCCAUAACGACUAAGCCCGCGAUACACCACGAACACUGACCUGCGUUAACCCGAGUUAACUUUUACACCAUUGUGAUGUAGUCAAAAAAUCAAAGAGGUCACAUCUAGAGAACUCCCGAUUGAUAGGAAUACAACUACCUGAUAGAGGUGUGCAUCGGAUCGGAUUGGACGUUUAUAAUCCGACAAUAGGCUAAUGUUUAAAAUCCAAUCCGAUCCGAAAUUGUCUAAUCCGAAUCCGAUCCGAGUUUUGAUAAAGAAUUCCGAUCCGAUCCGAAGAAUCCUUUAAUAAAAUAAAUUUCUCAUUCAAGUGGAAAUAUUUAAUUUAACCAAAUAAAUAUAAAAGCAAGAAAUACAUGUCAAGAAGCUGACAAUAUCGAAGUCCGAUCCGGCUACGAAACAACUUUAUCAAUCCGAAAUGAAUAUUUUUGUUCCGAAAUCCAAACGAAUCCGAUCGGAUUCGGAUCGGCACACCUCUACUACCUGAAAAAUACUAGGAGAACUUCGACAGACAAUGGUGCGAAGCUACCAUCUGUUGGAUUAUCAUUGAACGCCUCUAAAUCAGAAUCCGUGCUAGAACGCAACGAUUAAGGCCUUUCGUUGGAAACGUCGAAGAUCUCCUUGUAUUUUUCAGGCAGCUGUAUCCCUAUAAGGCGCUGUUACACUAAGCAAUCUGUCUCGGAACUUGCUUGCAAUGUUAAGAAAAACGAUUUCAGCAUUGCAUUGCAAGGGUUGUUACGCCAAGCAAUAGAGACCUUACGAUUUUAGGACGGCAACGCGACGACGACGGCCAAAAGAAACUCCUUCAAAUAAAUGGUAGUAAAGAUAAUUCGUCAUAUGUUAUCAAUCGUGUGAAUUUAAUACAGCCUUGGAAGUUGAAGACAUGGGUUUUAUGUUUGGGAAGAGUUCUGCUGAACCCAAUUUGAAGUUGUUCUUGUUGCGGCUUGAAAUGCAGUCGUUGUAUCAAGACGUGAAAAUAUGUGAUUUGGCGUUGCAAAGAGAGCGAGGGCAAUGUCUAAAUUAUGAUGCUUGUGAUGUUACUCUGAGUGUAUAUCCACACCGGGCAAGCUUGAAAAAUAUGCCUGACCAUUGAUAUCGAAGGAACUAGAUUCUGUUCCGAAAUAUCACAUACUCGAACCGACCAGACCGCGUAGCUCAGUUGGCAGAGCAUUGGGCUAGUAUUCCAAAGGUCGUAGGUUCGAUUCCCACCGUGGUCAGGCAUAUUUUUCAAGCUUGCCCGGUGUGGAUAUACACUCAGAGUAACAUCACAAGCAUCAUAUUCACCUGAGUACAUUACACCAACACGGAAAAAUCAUGAAGGUCUAAAUUAUUCAUAUAUUCUAAUUAUUCAAUUCUUUUCAAUGAUUUAUUGUAUUGGUAGCCGUUGCCGUCCUAAAUCGUAAGGUCUCUAUUAUGUUCCAUGCAACGAUCAUUAUUAAAAAUAGUAUAAAAACCUCGAGUGCUAACGUUUGGCGCCAGAUUGACAGAUCGUUGUGUAUCGAUGGCUAAAGCGAGAGGCAUGCAAAUUAAGUCAACUUAUAUAUCUUUACAAUACCGUAGCAUGUACAAAAGAACCAAUUCUCGAAUAAACGAAAUAAUAUACCCAGGAAACGAUACCACUUGAUGUAA